AUAUGGCAUGGAUAAGCUGUAUCGUAAUUGAUUCGGACCAAAAUGUCCACUCAUUACAUACGUACGAUCCGUGAUAACAAAUAUCAGGAAAUGUGCCGCGCGUGGGUCACGAGGCACAUGAGGGUACAAGCCGCGAUCAUUACAGUGUACGAGGAAGACAAUCCAUCUGCAACUCCGCCGAAAAAAAUAAACUAUCCAAUAACGUGGCUGAUUCUUCCGUCUUUCUUUUUACAAGCCUACAAACGACAACCAACGUCCUAAUAUCAUGAGCGGUUGGAUUUCUGAAGGUAAUCUCCAUGCACUGUUGGAGAUGGGCCGCUUCAAUACCUAUCGCCUUCUUGCGCUGAGGAUGUGCGUGCCCAAGGAUUCCUGAUUAAAUUUUCUUUGACAUGUCUCCGUGAUAUGUCUAAUUGUACCAUGUCCAGAUACAUUCCCAACGAUUCAAGAAUACAAGGAAAGAUCUGAUCGACGAAUCGCUCUGCUUCAUGAUGUUGUCUCGAUAGGCUCAACAAUUUUCAUUAUACUUCACAGGACCAGCUAGUCAUUCUCACGAAUUUGGGCCACUGAAGAUCCCCUCGCCCAACGUCAGCCUAAU